AUGUACAAGACAAAGGCUGCAGAGGCGGCCGCGGGCGGCUCUCCGACGCCUUCCACGGGCCACCUCGAGCCGUUGUCGUCGACGGUGACGGACCUGUCGAGCCUGCGCGGGCUGUCACUGUACCAGCGCAAGUGCACCCUCAUCAAUCGGGAGAUUGACGCGUAUGGCAUGGGCCGGUACCAGUGGUGCGUGUGGGCGCUGUGCGGCUGCGGCUACUUUAUCGACCUCCUCUGGGCGCAGGCGUUUGGCCUGGUCUUGAGUCCGAUGCAGCAGGAGCUGGGCUUUGGUAACCAUGAGUCGGGCAACAUUGCCACGAGCUUCAACGCGGGCCUCACCGCAGGGGCGUUUUUCUGGGGCUUCAUGGCGGAUGUCAUCGUCUCUUCCGUAUUUGGCCUCUGCCUUGGCGCCUCGGAGAACUACACGACGUUUCUCGUGCUCACGGCCUUUGUGGGCUUUGGCGUCGGCGGCAACAUCCCCGUCGAUUCGGCCAUUUUUCUCGAGUUUGUGCCGCACAACCGGCGCUUCCUGCUCGCGUGCCUGUCGCUCUUUCAGCCGCUCGGCGUCAUCGUCUCGAGCGCCAUUGCCUUUGGCUUCAUCCCAACGUACUCGUGCUCGCCCAACUUUUCCGAGGCCAACCCGCUGCCCUCGUGCCGCGGCGGGGUCGCGGCCGGCACCGCCUGCUGCGCGCGGGGCGCCAACCAGGGCUGGCGCUACCUGCUCUUCACGACGGGCGGGCUCUCGCUGGUCGUGUUUGUGCUGCGCUUCCUCGUCUUUUCGUUUCGGGAGACGCCCAAGUUUCUCGUGUGCACGGGCCGCGACGACGAGGCGAUUGCGACGAUGCGCUACAUUACGGGCGGCAAGGCGAGCAGCUGCCGCCUCACGGCCGAGGUGUUUGAGACGGUCGAGCGGGAAUAUGAGACGGAGCUCAGUAGUAGCCGAAGCUCGCAGUCGAUUGAGCUGCUUCAGCAGCCGGGCGGUCAUGGUCGUCGUCGUCUUCGUCGUUGCCGCGGCGCGUACGCCAAGGUCGUGGGCAAUCUGUCGGCGUACAGGGUGUUUUUCAGCAGCUGGGGCAUGACGCGGCUGACCAUUCUGACCUGGCUGACGUACGCCAUGGACUUUUCCGGGUUCACCGUCGCGGGCCACUACCUGCCGCGGAUUCUGGCCAUCAAGAACGGCGCCGCCCACGUGAGCCUCAAGUUUACGUACGCGGCCUACAUUUACACGUACGCGCCCGGCAUCCUGGGCGUCUUUGCCGGCGCGCUCAUGUACCACGUGCCCGCGAUUGGGCGCAAGUGGACCAUGGUGUUUUCGUCGGCCCUCAUGGGCACGUCGAUUUUCCUGCUGGCGACGGUCGACACGGUCGCCAAGCGCGAGGGCCUGUUUACGCUCGAAUACUUUUUCCAGUCCAUGUUCAACGCCGUCCUGUACGGCUGGACGCCGGAAGCGUUUCCCGUGGCGAUUCGGGGCUUUGCGUGCGGCGUCGCGGGGUUCUGGGGCAGGCUGUUUGGCAUCGUCAGCCCGCUGAUUGCGCAGAGCUUGUACGGCAGGGCGACGGAUGGCGGCAGCGGCGGCGGCGGCGGCGGCGGAGACGUCAAUGCUGUCUUGUACUUGGCGGGCGGCAUCACCCUGGGCUGCGUGCUCAGCACGGCGUUGCUGCCGACUGAGCUGAUGGAGUCGGAUGACGAAGGUCAGCGAUGA